AUGACACCUUACGAGGCCUUGUAUGGUAGGAGAUGCAAGACACUAUUGUGUUGGCAGCAGUGUGGAGAGUCAGUGGUGCUUGGGCUAGAAUUUUUGCAACAGACUACUGAGAAAGUGAAGGUGAUACAAGAUCGGAUGCGUGUAACUCAAAGUCGGCAGAAAUCUUAUGCAGAUAAGAGGAGAAGGCCGCUAGAGUUUGAGGCAGAUCACAAGGAGAAUUGGACCAACAACAUACGAUAUUGCUCUGCCACCUCACUUGGCAAUCUGAACAAUGUCUUCCAUGUAUCACAACUAAGGAAGUACAUUGUGUAUCCUACUCAUGUGCUGGAGGAGGACGAUGUUCAGGUACGCGAAGACCUGACGAAUGAAGUUGGACCAGUGAGAAACUUGGAUUCUCUAGUCAAACAACUCAAAGGGAAGGAAAUCCAACUAUGA